AUGAGGUUAUUUGCUUCAAAAAACGCUGAAAAUGUAGAAUAUUCUCCUUCUUUAUACGGAAAAUGGAGUGUUACGUUCAACCAGAUUUUGGCAAAGGAAGAAUGUCAUUUUGACUUCGACAAAAAUGAUGUUUUGGUGUUUCUGCAUAUUCAAAAGACAGCGGGUACCUCUUUUGAGAAGUUUUUGGUAAAUCAUUUGAACAUCAGCCGUCCUUGUUUAUGUAAAACCGACAGUCAAUGUAAUGGAGAGAAGAAAUGCAAGAAGUGCAAGUGCUCCCGGCAAAGAAGUAGCAACGAAUACUGGCUCUUUUCAAGAUAUUCAACUGGCUGGGUAUGUGGAUUACAUGCCGAUUACACGGAAUUGGUUGUUUCUCAUUGCGUUGACAGGGCCAUGGAUAAGGUCGAAGGUAAGAUUUAUGUUUUAUGUCUGAUUUGUUUAGGAAACCAUCAACAACGACGUUACUUCUACACUACAUUUCUCCGAGAUCCAGUUUCUCGGUUUAUCUCUGAAUAUCGACACGUCGAAAGGGGUGCUACUUGGAAUAAAUCCAGACACAUAUGUAAUAACAGACCACCGUUUCCCAGUGAACUCCCAUGGUGUUAUGAUCCCGACAAGGGAUGGAGUAAUGUAACAUUGGAUGAGUUCUUAUCGUGCCCUUAUAACAUGGCCAUAAAUCGACAGACCAGAAUGCUGGCCGAUCUUACGCUCGUCCAUUGUUACGAUCAGACGAAGAUGUCCAAGGAGAAGAGGGAAAGUAUAAUGUUGGAGAGCGCAAAGAACACUUUGAGGAGCGUCGCUUUCUUUGGGAUUCAGAACAGAAUGGCCGACUCACAGGAACUUUUUGAGAAAACUUUUCGAUUACGGUAAGGUGUAUAAUUAUUUAUCAUUUUGUCCUUAGGUUUAUGAAAAACCUUGCAAAUUGGACAAAGAGCAAGUCAGAUGAUACUGUAAUUACUACUGCUCAGCUUCAAGCAAUAAGAGACCUUAAUCAUUUGGACGUAGAACUAUUUAAAUUUGCAGAGAAGUUAUUUGAAAAACGAUUGGAACGGGUCAAUGGUGGCCGGAACCUGAGUGAAAUCUGA